CAACACGGGGCAUUGUUAGCAAGGCAUUAAUAUGCAAGGGCACCCAACAGCUGGAAUGACAGAGGCCAUGCCUGAAUGUUAAGUGGGUCGCAGACAGUGAAGCGCCCCUCCCUCCUGGUCAGACCUGCCCACCAGAAAACAAGAAUAAUCCGUAUUAAAGGCUUGGAGAGAUUUGCAGCGAGACACCAGCUGUUCGACACGAACGGGGCCGAGAACGGCAGCUCUGAGCAAUCAGUCCCUGCAGCCAUGGUUCUGCCGUGGAUCCUCUUGCUGUGUUUCUCAGUGGAGGCAAAGUGGCCCAAAGACUCCAAAUGUCCAGCGACCUGUUCCUGCACAAGGGACAGUGCAUUCUGUGUGGCCUCCAAAUCCAUCCCUCAAAACUUCGCUGGGGAUCUCAUCUCCUUGACAUUUGUGAAUGCAAAAUUCAGACAAAUUCCUGAACGUGCCUUUGCCCACAUCCCGACGUUACAAUUCCUCUUGCUGAACUCAAACACCUUCACCUUGAUUGGAGAUGAUGCCUUCAAUGGUUUAUCCCACCUGCAGUACCUAUUCAUAGAGAACAACAAUCUCCAGUCACUGUCCAAGUACACAUUCCGGGGCCUCAAGUCAUUGAACCAUCUAUCAUUGGGAAACAACAAUCUUCAGACACUUCCCAGAGACAUCUUCAGCAACCUUCAGGUUUUGACACAUUUAGAUCUGCGGGGAAAUGCGUUCCAUUGUGACUGUAAAAUGAAGUGGCUGAUAAAGUGGCUGCAGACAACUAAUGCCACAGUCCCUUUGACCUAUUGCGUCAGUCCAAUCAAAUAUCAGGGGCACACAAUACACAAUCUGCCUCUCCGUGACUUUGACUGCAUCACCACAGAAUUCACAACAUAUCAAACCCUACCAUUCCAGUCUAUCUCAGCGGAAUCUUUUCUCUAUGCCGAUGAUCUUUAUGUAACAUUCGCCCAGGCCAAUAAUGGCAACUGUACUUUCCUCAUGUGGGACCACGUUGAACUGGUCUUCAGGAAAUCUGAAAACAUCUCCGCCCGUGCUGCUGUGUACUGUAAGCCUCUGGUGAUUGGGGAGAAGCUCUACGUUAUAGUAGCUCAGCUGUUCCAAGGUUCCCACAUCUACCAAUGGGACAACUACGGCGGAAAAUUCAUCAAAAUCCAGGACAUUGACACCACCAAGAUCCGCAAGCCCAAUGACAUUGAGACUUUCAGCAUCGAUGGCGACUGGUACUUUGUCAUUGCAGACAGUUCGAAAGCCGGAACCACCACCGUCUACAAGUGGAACAAAAAUGGCUUCUACUCACAUCACUCCUUGCACAUGUGGCACCGAGACACAGACGUGGAGUAUUUGGAGACGGACCACAAGCACAAGCUCAUACUGUGCAGUAGCACCCAGACCCCGGUCGUCUACCAGUGGAACAAAGCCCUCCGGCAGUUCAGCUACCACACUGAGAUUCCCAACAUGUUGGAUGUUCACGCCGUUAGGCACUUCAAGAUCAAGAAGGUGGUGUACCUCUGCCUGUCUCGCUUCAUCGGUGACUCCAAGGUGAUGAGAUGGGAGAACCAGCGCUUCACGGAGAUCCAGGCGCUGCCGUCGAGGGGCACCAUGAUCGUGCAGCCGUUCCAGGUGAGACACUGGCUGUACCUGGUGCUGGGAUGUGACUUCUCCUUCUCUCACGUUUACCUGUGGGACACGGAAAAGCUGAGGUUUGUCAAGGUCCAUGAGUGGAAUGUGCGAGCUCCCCGCGCCUUCCGGCUAGUCACCACCGACGACAUGCACCUUGUGCUGGCUUCCAGCUUUAAAGGGAGCACAAUAAUCUACAGGCACAUGGUGGUGGACACCAGCGCCUGACACACGACAGGUCUGCUUCCAAGCAAUAGCCACCUCAUCACUUUAGGAUCACUGGCCACUAGUUCGCACCUGUCAAUCAUGUUUCUGAGCAGGAUGGUCAUCAACCUCUCAAAGUAAACUGGCAUGAAAGAUUUGACUUUAAAUAGAAGCCUGUCCUUUAUCUCACUAAACCUGAGGAAUCAUAGUUAUCACGAUUAUUCAAGUUUUCAAUAAAGCAAAGGAAAUUCUUGGCACAUAACCAAUGACCCAAUCCCCACCGCAGAGCCUUAUAAAAUAAGUAUUCACCCAACCAUUCCCCAUCAAACACUGUGCCCCACUGCCCCCAGGAUUUACUUCCAGCUUCAGUGGUUGUUGUGUGUCUCUUUGUUACUGUUCACUUGGAAGAGCUUUGGAGCAUCAGGUCUCUCAGGAUGUGAUCCUGACCGACUUGUAACAUAAUGUUAGCACUCACAUGUCCUGGAUCCUCUCCCGCAGUUAUUGUUUAUUGAUCAGGUCUGCAAAGUGCAGCUGUGGAGGUGGAACCUAGGCUGGUGUGGGGGGGGGGGGGGAGCCAUGGUGGGGGGUUUGGAAAGGGUUGACGGGCAUCAUUUAUCAGCAGCCUUUGUUGGAUCUGAAGCAGGCUGGUAAUCUUUGGAAUUGUCGACUCCGGAGGUCGUGAACACUUGGGCACUCGAUGCAUUGAGGGACCGAGGGUUGAGGUAGGUGAACACAUGGAAACAUGUGAAUUAUGAGGUGUGGGGAUAGGACAGGGGGGUUUGUAGGUUCAGUCAGAGAUGUAUUGAAGUGUGAGUGGGCUGGAGGGGCAGUGAGGGCAGCCGAGCCUCUGGUUCAGGAACUCUUGGCAGCAUUACCAACCUGAAAUGCCUUCACACCGCAUGGCCAACAGCUUACAAUCAAAACAAAAAAUCGUUGGCAUUGAGAUUAGUUGGUCCAUCUGGGAAGGGAGCAGUCAGGUCCGUUAUCAGAACUGGAGGAUACGGGGAGGUUCUGCUGCAGCUUUCGAAUGCGGGGCUGGGGGUGGAGGUUACUGAGAAACACCAGAGAAAUAUUCAGAGACAUGAACUGACAGGCCCAGGGAAACACGGAGGGAUGGGAGGAAGAGGCAGAUUCAACACUGAGAAUUUGGCAAGAGUGAGGCAGUUCUAACAGGUCCCAGAACCACUGCUGUGCUUGGAAACAGCAAACUCUCUACUUUGUCAUCUUAUCAUCCAACGUAAAACCUGAGCCCAGGUUAUACACCACUCACACUAUUCCCGUCGUAGCUCCAAUCCUCACUCCAGCUACCUGAGUAAAUAAUUAAGCUGCCCUUGAGCCCCGAGAGAGCGCUGUAAUAUUGAUUUUGAUGAGACGUUAAAUGAUGGCUUUGUUUGCCCUUUGCUGUACAUCACGGAUCACGUUGGCACAGUUGAAGGGAGAGGAGAAGCUGUCCCUGCUCAUCUGCCAGUAUGUACUUCUCUAUCGACACUUCACACAAAUCCGCAUCAUUUCUCCCACUACUCUAUGUAAUUCAUGAAUUGCUUCACUUCCAGCCAAACACUACUUCAGGAUAAACUGAAUGGCUGUGAAAUCCUUGGGAACAUCCUGAGGAUGUCAAAGAUGACAUAUAAAUGCUGGUCGAUAUAAUCGAUCUUUCCAUUUUCCUUGAACCAACCAUCAUUUGUGCCAAAUUGUUUUUGUGGCAGAGAUAAUCCACUCAGACCUCCUUUCUGAAAUAAUUUCUCUUCUAAUAUAUAUAAAUACACCUUUUAAAAAUCUAUUCUGAUGCUUUAGCUCUAACAAACCACCCAUUUAAUGCGUUGCUCCACAGAUACUGAUUUGCUGUUGUAUGUUGUUUCAAGCAUCACUUUGCAUUCCGUUGAUCGAUAACUGGGUACGUAACCUUGUUUUAGACUUUCAAUUAUGCUUCCUUAGUAUUUCAACAUUCUUUGAAUGGGCUUAUCUGGUCAGAAAAUGAGAGAUUUUUCUUUACACAGCUUAAUGUGAGUCCUGAAUACCCUGCCAUCUUUUCAAAUAUCAUGCUUAACAAAGGCAGAAUAAACUAAGAAUGUUAAAAACUGUGUAUUUUAAAGUAGAGAAAGAAUUGUUUUGGUCAGUGUAACAGUCCUAAAUUCAUGGUACUCUGAAUAAAACUACAGUAAAAUA